AAAUUGAAAGAAAAGUUGAAGAACAAGCUUCAAAAGAAAGAGAAGAAAUUAAAAAAGCCAGACAAAAUUUAUUUCUGGAUCGCAAGAAAAAACAAGCUGAAAUUCGUGCCAUUGAAGUGAAAAUGAACAGAAUGAAAGAAUAUACAAAAUGGGAAGAAUCAAUGAAGCCAUUAUUUGGAUUUAUUCAAUUAAAAUCUAAACCAUCCAUUUAUUAUAAACCAAAAGUUAUGAACGAUGCCACAAAUACUUUAUUGAAAGAAUCAAAUGAACAGCUUGAAUGUGCUAUUGAUAAGAAGAGACAAGAAGUAUAUAGUGAAUUAGAAGAAAUUGAGUCGAAAAUUAUGGGAAAUUAUCUUGAUGAAUCAUUCACUUCAAAAGAUAGAGAUAAUGAUGAUAAUAUGCAAAACGAUACAGAAGCAAAUGAAUCACAAGAAAUGGAUAUUUCAACAGAAAAUAAUGAUGAGCAUGAAAACGAGUCAACUUGCGACACAAGUCAAAAGCUAGAAACCGCUGAACACUUGAAAGAAAUUGAGUCAUCUCCAAUGAAAAAUGAGUCCAAUAAUCUUGAAGAAUUAAGUGAAAAUUCAGACAAACAGCCUGAAUUAGAAACUAAAGAAGAAAAUUCUGAAUCAAAAUCUGAUACAGAGUGCUGAUCAUGUUGUGUUCAGAGUACCUGUAAAUAUAUAAAACUUUUAACUAAACGUCAGAAAUAAGAUCUAUUGCUAAAAUCUUAGUGAAUAUUUUAUUUUUUAAAUUGAUUUGAAAAUUCAAUUUAAUUGCCAUUGUGUUUCAAAUUUACUAUUACUGAUUCACUUUUACAAAGAGAAAAUAAAUGAAAAAUGUUUAUUAUG